AUGAAUACAAAUAAUAUUAAAUUAACACCUCUACCACCAAAGGUGUUCCCAGGUAAACUGCAUAGAGAUAAUACAGGUGCAAUCGAUUGGGGUCGUCAGAAUCUACUUGCCUAUGGAGCACAUUCACAUGUCGUUAUAGCAGACCCAAUCAACUUGGCAUUAAUACAAACACUAAGUGAACAUAAAACAAAUGUUUCAAUUGUUAGAUGGUCAAAUGAUGUAAUAUCAGCAAUUAAUAACAAGACAAUGCUGGAUGUAGAGAUUGAAAACUCAUCAAAUGCAUCACAGUAUACGGCAUCUUCAUUUAAUGUUGAUCAACAACAACCACAACAACCUCAACCUACUACCUAUCAACAACAAUUGGUUCCGAUUGAUAAUAGUAGGUGUCUGUGUAAAUUGUUAAGUGUCGAUGUGUCGGGUGUCAUUGUCAUUUGGAAUGUGUUACAAGGUGUUGCCAUACAUUCAAUGACUGACAAACAGGUGGUGACAGAUGCAAUGUUUCAUCCGUUUGACAGUAACAUUAUCAUAACCAUCUCUGCCAACUAUAUCAAUCUGUGGAAUAUAUCGACGGGACUGCGUAUCGGACACAAGGAGAUUGGUGACUCUGUCAACCAAUUCCUCAGUGCCGACCCAUUUGACCAAUCACAUGUCUAUGUUUCAUGCUCAAAUGGUAGUAUCUAUAGCAUUGUAUUAAGUGAUCAUAUGGAUAUUCAAUCAAUCGAUUAUAAGUGCAAAUUACAGAAUAAACCAUAUCACAUCAUUACAACUCCACCUUCUUCCUCCUCCUCCUCCUCCUCCUCUUCCUCUUCAUCCUCUCAUCAUCAUUCAAAUUCAAAUGAUCAAUCUUCUUCUUCAAAUAUUAAUAAUAAUAAUAAUAACAAUAAUACAGCAUCGUCACAAGGACAAUCACUUCUUUCAUCAUCUUCAUCAUCACUUCCAACUUUGGAUAUUAUUCAAAUGGUUCUAUCUCCAAUAUGUAACCAUAUAGUGUAUUUUGUAUUUCCAAGGGAUAUUGUGGUUGUCGAUGUCUCUACGUACCAAGUUUUCGGUCUCUUACAAUUGGAUCGAAACAAAAGCAACUUUCAACAAAUCGUGUUGUGUCGUGAGAAUGUACAGCUCAUGUUUAGUCUUCACGAUGACGGAUCAAUCAACACAUGGGGUAGAAAAGUGGAUCAAUACAACUCUCACAACUACGAACAAGUAGGUCAAGUCACAGAUCUCUCACAUCAUCACAAAAAGAGUAAAAAGAAAGGUCAACAAAUAUUCUCUAUUUGUAAUCAUCCUUUUUAUUUUAAUCAAUCAUUAUUAACUAUUUCUGGUGAUGGUAUAUUAUGGAAAUGGGAUUUUACAUCAGAAAUAUUAUUAAAUAAUUUAUUUGCACCAAGAAUAACACCGAUUUAUCCAAAACCAUUAAAUGGUUUGAUUAAACUUGGAGUAUCAGGAUUUCUUGAAAUGGUUUCAUCACCAAUCUCAUCUCUAUCCGUUUAUCCAUUUUAUAACAAAUCAAAUAUUGCUUUAAUCGCAAUUGGUACUGCUUAUGGAACUAUUCAAAUAAUUAAUUUAACAACAAUGAAAAUUCAAAAAGAAAUUUAUAUUUGGAAUCAUCCAAUUAUGGGAAUUAAAUGGUUGUCACCUGGAAGAGUUUAUCAAUAA